CAUUUUUGGACCUCGAGCAGCACUGCAUCCAAUAUCAGUGCUUGCGAGCACGAGGACGAGCAACUGCAUCGACUGAUUGACCAGUGGUGAGAGUCCAAGUCGAGGUCGAAGUCGGGUCUGGGGUUUUCAGAUUCUCCCGUUUCGAGGAGCAGUUCGUUUCGUUUAGUACCGACAAUGGCUCCUCGGUCAAGAGGCGCGCAACGCAUCAUCGACGCUCUAGGACUUUCGAACCCAAACAACAGUCAGCACGUCUGCCGGUCAUGUCGAACACGGUCACAAUUCUAUUCACCAUCAUCGCGCAACUACGCAUCGCUAGCGACGGCAAAGGCCACCGUCGAAGCACCGCCCAUUACGCAAGUGUCGCCAGACGGGCCUGAAGCGUCCCCGUUGCCGCAACCCAUCUACACCAUCAAAGCGGGCGUGGUGCUGUCGCGCCCGCCGCUGAUCACGCCCGACCCUCACCCCUUCGAGACCGCAUAUUACCUAUACCAGCGACGGUUGAACGAGCGACUCGUCCUGCCUUUCACGCAGUACUUUUACUACAAGCGCGGCACGCCGGCAUUUGAGCAGUGGCGGACCAAGCGGCGAGAACGAGGAGGCGCCGCCACACGCGACAUUGGCAAAUAUAACGCUUACAGUGAGGAGGCGUGGAACGAUGAGGUCUUGGUCGGCGAUGACACGGCGAAUCCGUCCAAGAUUGUUGAGCAGUUGAUUGCCGAGGAAGGUCGCGCCGACGAAUUUACUGGCAAAGGCGAUCCAAAGUUCGCUGGUCUGAAGCGCAGGACUGAGGCGGAUGAGAAGAAUGAUCAACGCAGUCUGGAGCGCAGUCUUAGCCGCACGUUGUAUUUGUUGGUCAAAAAUAAGAAAGUGCCGGGCCAGAAGCAGGAGGAGAGCGAGUUGUGGAAGUUUCCUAGUGGAGGCCUGGUUGGGCAUGAAGGGCUGAAAGAGGCCGCACAACGGAUUCUGUUCAGCUCGCUGGGCGAAAACAUGAACACCUUUUUCGUCGGAAAUCAUCCUGUCGGCCACUACAUUGCGAAAUUCUCCUCGCCCAGACCUGGCGCGUUGCCGCCGAUGACCACGCAGAAAUCCAAGGCUUCUGGUGAUACAGUUUUGAAACUGGACGUCGCGCUACAACCGGAAAAGUAUGAGGGGCUGGUUGAAGGCGAGAAGACGUUUUUCAUGAAGGCCCGGAUUAUGGCGGGUCAGCCUGAUUUGACCGCCAACGCGGACCAAGAAAAGGACAUUGAGGACUUUAUGUGGUUGAGUAAAGAGGAGAUUGAGCGAGUCGUGCAUCCGGACUAUUGGGUCCGAGUGAGGAAUAUGCUUGUGGCGCAGUAAACAGUAACUAGUAACCACUGUUGCUGCUGCUGCUGUGGUAGUGAUUGUGAUGGUGGCUGCUGGGUGCCGGCUGUGCUUAGCUACCUUGACCACAGUCGGGUGAUCUGUACAUUUAGGGUGCUCAACCCAUUCUGAGGAGCUGAGGAUCCUGGGCUGGAUACUAACUUAUGGACAUGCGCCUAUUCAUACCAUACUAUUGGCGAGGGCAAACUUGGACUUUUUUCUUUUCUUCUCCCAAACCGGUGACCGUGAGAGUUGAUAUCCGUAUCGGCAUAAAAUAUCAGAUUCCACUCUUACAACCAGGAUCAGGACCAGUACCAUAGCUAACCUGAGUUUUUCAACGUCAAUACCAACAUCAGCUCGAUCCUUCCGUCGUCAACUUCAACAUCAUUCCUUAUUACACCCCCCACUGGAAUCCAGAUCAAGAGGAGAGUCGAGAAAAGGUACAGUACCUUAGUUGGUCCGGUCCGGUCCGGUCAAAUAUCCUUACA